AUGAGCUAUUAUUUCAACCCGGUCAAUUGUCAAGCUCGCCUGAAGAAGGUUACGCGCCGUUCAACGCUGCUCCAGCAUUUGGGACGCAGUUCAGCCUUUUUCGAGCUGCGCUUCAUCGAACGCGAUGAGGACACCAAAAAUGGGGUUUCACCGUGGUUUGUUCAGAAUAUGAACUCACGCUGCAAUUUCUUUGCACGCGAAGAACCUUUAGAUGCGGAGGAAGCGUGUGAAAUGCGGCAGCUCAUCCAUCCCCUAUUGCCGUUGUUUAACGAAACAAUCGAAAAUUCGGAACCGAAGUGCCGCGCCGGCUCGUUGGCCACAUUCUUAUCGGUGCGAUAUUUGAUCAAAAGCGGUCCGCUGGACGCUGCCAACAUCAAAACGGUGGCUUUCGAUGUGCUGAAUGGAUUGAAAUAUCUGCAUUACAACUUGGGCUGCAUCCAUGGCCAACUGAGCUCGUUUCAUGUACUCGUGGAUGAGUCCUGCGCAUUCGCAAAGUUAGCCGAUGGGGAAGCGGGUGGCAAACAUUGUAUGGCGAAUGGCAAAGCGAUUGACCCGAACAAGUUUACAGUCGGGCUGUGGUCGGCACCGGAAUUGCUGAAUAAUUCCCAAACCAUCACCGCGAAGGUGGAUGUGUUUUCCUUUGGGCUCUUAAUAUAUGAGAUGAUGUCUUCUAUGCCGCCACACCUGUUCCCUGGCAUAAAGACCAGGACGCUGCCAAACCGGGACAAAUUGCUCAUCAUGCACGAAGCGUAUAAGCGCAAGCGCAUUGGCUUGGACAUCCGGCGGGAGCGACGCCGCGGCAUUGCAAGAAUGUCAACCGCGCCAUUGCCGUUGUUCUUGCAACCGCAGUACACGUGCCCGGCACGCCUGGAGAAUGAACUGAACUAUGGGUGUCUGGGCACUAGACCGCCCAUGCCGGACGAGGAACAGCUCGGCCAAAACUAUGACGAUCUGUUGGCGCUGUUUUAUUGUUGCACAGCGCUGGCGCGCAAUGACCGUCCGUCUGUUCGCCGACUCCUUUCGGUCUGGAACAGCGUUUUCACAGACAAAAAAUAG